AGCAAUGGAAGAGCUCCACCCUCCACUGAGACCUUCAACCAUCCCUCCGGCUGGGCGUGCCUCUGCUUUGGGACGGUGCCUAGAUUAACGCCGUACCGCACCCUCGUAGGUUUUCUGAUCAGCUCCUUGAGACGCUUUGCUGGGCUCCUUAAGUUUUUCCUGUGGGCUCUUUGCCCUGCUGGCAUCGAAGGGGUCACCAUGCCAGCUCUUCAAUUCAAUAGCCGCUCCCUGAUUUCUCCGCUGGGGAUCAUUCGGUUGUUGGAGAUAUUCUUCUCCUGCACCGCUUUCAGCUUAGCAGCUGUCUAUUUCCUCAAUUUAAACUAUGGGGCUUGGUCAAUGUUUACUUGGUGCUUCUGCUUCAUCAUUUCUAUCUUUGUGGUCAUUGUGGAGCUGAUCAGCCUGGAUGCCGCCCUGCCUCUUUCCUGGCAGGACUUCACCUCUGCCUUCUCCAUGCUGGCCACUCUGAUGAUCUUCACAACUUCCAUCAUCUACCCAGCAACCUUCAUACCUCUCUGCAGCGGCACCAGCUGUGGUUAUCGGAUUGGGGCUACCAUCAUGUCUUGCCUCUGCUUCAUUGCCUAUGCAGUAGAAGUAGGACUCACCCGGGCCAAAGCAGGGGAGCUCAGCAACUUCCUGAUUACCAUCCCUGGCCUUCUGAAAAUAUUUGAAGCCUACAUAGCUUGUCUUAUCUUCUCCUUGCUGGACAACCUUUCCUUUUACAGGUAUGCUCCUGGUUUGGAAUGGUGUGUGUUUGUCUACUCCAUCUGCUUCAUUCUAACCAUGGUGAUCAUCAUUCUCACCAUUGGACGGUGCCUUGGUUCCUUGCCCAUCCCUGUGGAGAAGGUUCUCAUUGCCUACAACAUCUUGGCUGUUCUCAUGUAUCUUACAGUGGUAGUUGUAUGGCCUUACUACAGCUUUUGGGAUCGUCCAAGAUCUUCAUGUAAUAAGAUGGGCUCCUGUGCUGCCUGGGACAAUCACCUGGGAAUUACUUUUCUCUCCUUCUUCAAUCUCAUUGCCUACAUCGUGGAUUUUGCCUAUUCUUACAAAAUGGUUUUUGUGGCCACACCGGCAUAGAUGACUCGUGUACUCAUUUCUUCCACAUACAUGUACGUGUGGAAACCCCAUUGGCUUGUGCUGCUGGACCUGCUGAGAUCUAGGAAGCAUGGCUCCAGGAGUAGCAGAGGUGUUAGAUAUCUGAGGUGAUGGCGGUGAUGGUACUUCUAACCUUAUAAUUACGCGAUUUAGAUUUUGGGCUGUUCUAUUUUAUACUUGCGGUUAUGUUGGAUGGACUGAUCUCAUUUCCUUAAAAAAGUUGACCCCUAUCUUUACUCAAUAAGAAGACCUCUGUGAAUUACACCCUGGUUAGAUGUGAGUCCUUCAGGUGUGACUAGAAGUUCAAUUCAGGGCCUUAAAAUGAUUUUGGAGAAACCAGCGUGCUAUAAUCUUUCCAGCCUCUGUUUUAAACUCUAGCUGUGAGAAGUGAGAAGAUUAUGAGCAAAGAGGGAAAAUCAGGAGUGGGGAGGAAGCUGAAGACAACUUUAAUCAUCGCACUGAGCUGAGGGCACAAAUUUUUCUUCAUAUGUGUUCUACAGGAAUGUUUUCUUUGUCUUUCAACAGAAUAUCUUAUUCAAUUUAGAUGAAAUAUGAGAUAUUAUCACUGCAGAAUAUGGAGUUGGGGGGGUUCUAUUGCUGUGCUAAGCAGUCAGCUAAAACAUGGCUUGUUGGAUUAUGGAUUGUUGAAUAAACCACAAUUGGCAAUAAAAAGGGAAAAGCUCCAUCAAGUUGGAUA